CACUUUUGGAUUAGCUUCAGAUACCUAUUUCAGUGCAAAAUUAGACUUCUAACUAAGUAUUUUUUUUGCUGUAAGCGUAGCUAGUGCUAUGAGUAGUUAAUAUAAAUUAUGCAGCAAGUAAAAUUGUAUUCCUCUGUAUUAAUUAGGUAAUAAGUGGCAGCUAAUUUGGCGUCAGAAAUGGCAUACCCACAUAACCCUGAUAUUUUUCGCUGGAAAAGAGUUACUAAGACUAAAAAACCCACUGCAGAUAAGCAGGUGCAGCUCAAUAAUGGGGAGAUCAACCAAUGGAUGAAGACAGUGGAAAUGGCCUCAGACAAUGCAGUGAGUGAAGUUUUUUCCCUGAAGAAGCCCCAUUCAGUGAUAAGCAGUCAGUCAAUGGCACUACACAGCACAGAGCAGCUGCUGGAUCAUGACCAAGCAUACGGGGAAGCUCAGGCUCUUCUUAGUGAUUGGAUGAACAGCAAGUUGCGUCUGGAACUGGAGAUGGAGGAAGAGGAGGAUGUGAUUGUCUCCCCCGAGAAGAACAGUCCAGAAGCAAUGCCACCUGCCCAGCCUGUCUCCCUGGACUACAGCAACUUUGAUGACCUGUAUUUCCACCUGGCUGAGGAAGAGGAGAGCUCAGCGGUUAACAACUUCCUUCAAGACCUCAUGGAGCGGGAAGUGGUGGAUUCUGGGAUAGUGGAGGAUCUGGCACUAGACUCUGAAGAGCGAGACAGGAGGAUGAGGAGGGACCCGAGCCUCACCAUGGAGGCACGUCACCGACAGGUGCGUGAGAACCGUGCACGGCGGGACGCGGAGCGGGAGAGGUUGCACAGGGAAAGGGUGGCGCGGAGGCAGGCCAGGGAGGAGGCGCAGAGGARGGAGCAGGGGGAGGAGAGGUGGAGGAGGCAGGAGGCACGCAGGCAGGAGGAGAUGGUGCAGCAGGAGAUGGUGCGACUGCGCCGCGAGACGGAGGAGAGGAGGAACCUGGAGCAACUAGCCAGGCAAAUGGAGAGGGAGAGGAUCGCCAGGAAGACGGCAGCUAAGAGCUCACUGGUACUCCAGCCAGGCCCUUCAUUCUCUACUGCACAGAAACAACAUGACACUGAGAGGCAACUCAGACUACAGCAAGCAGAGGUCAGGGUUCAGAUGCACAACCUUAAGUGUCUGCAGAGGCACUUCUCUGGCUGGUACUCAGUGCUGUUGGAGAGGAGGUUGCAGAUGGGCAAGGCGGCGGCGCUCUGUGAUUGGAGGAGACAGCUGAGGGCGUGGCGAGACUGGCGGGCGCUGGUGUGGGCAGGGCGAGAGCAGCGGGAAGCGGAGAGAACAGAGGAGGAGUUACGGACCCAGAAAAGACACUGCCAGGUGGCGAUGGUGAGUGACCGGAGGCGUUUGCUAAGACGAUGCCUGAGUGAUUGGCGGCUGUGGUGUCGGGCGGAGAGAGAACGCCGGGAGCUGUUGUCACAGCAGCAAGAGACGCGGCGCAAGAUGGCCGCCCUGAUUAAUGCCGUGGCAACUGGGAAACUCAAGAUGAUGGAGGAUACGCACACUUCUGAGCCAAUCACUGCCCUACCUAAGCCUUCUGACCAAUCAGAAACCGUAGAACUGAAAGGUCAGCCAGGGUCACGACCUGCUGGCCCCACCCCCUCUCCUGCCUGUCAAGGGGACGGACAGCUGGGGGCUGUGGUCCUGCACAYCCUCCCCUGGCAGGUGACACGGCGUAACGCGGCGCUGAGUGCAGGCGAGCUGAGGCGAGCACGGGAGAGGGGCGAGGUGGGCGAUGGGGACGGCAGUGUAGGUGCUGCCCCCCGGUCUCAUAGAGCAGUGGUGUGUGGGGGCCGGUUCGAGCAUCGCCAUGCCAGCCAGCAGCAGACCAUUGCAGAGCAGAGGAGGCUCCUCGGGGAGCAACAGGAGCAGAUCGCACGCCUGCAGGAGGAGCAAAGCAUGAUGGGACUGAGGCAGGAGGCCCAGACAGCUGCCCAGAUCGCUGUCCCAGCAUCCCCAAGGCCCAGAGUGAUGACCUCUGACCCCAAAGAACCCAGGGCUGGAAGAGUCGCUCGGGGGAACGAUGGCCGUUCCUCGGCCUCCAGGAAACCAGCUGUCCGUCAGCCCUGUCGUCAUCCCACCGUCAUGGCCAUGGAGGAACGUGCUCGUCAGCGAGCGGAGCGCAGGAGGGAGGUGGAGGAGCUGAAGAGAAAGAAGGAGGAGGACAGGCUGGCCCAGCUGAAAACAGCAGUGAAGGAGAGGCAGAGGGAGGAGGAGGAUGAGAAACGUAGAGCAGUGGAAAGGAGGAGGGAGGAGAAGAGACAAGAGAGAGAGGUGACGCAAUGUUUACAGUGGAACUGUACUGGGGACAACUUUCAAGUUGAAAGGCGUACUGUCAAUUUCUCAAUAUAUGUUCACCAUGUCAGCCUCAAAGGCAUGCAGGUUCCUUAUCCUUUUGUACCAUGCCGUUGUUGGUUACCUGUGAAUAGGUGUGCAUGCAUACGCAGUAUUCUCUUCAUUCCCUUCCAGCUGGCCAGGGCUCAUCACAGGCAGUCUCUCCUGAGACGGUGCACACUGUCCUGGCAGCAGGUAGCAGGCGAGUCCCUGGCUCAGAAAUGGGCCUCUGCCGACCAACUGCAUCAACACAUCCUGCUACGGAGGAGCCUGGGCAACUGGAAAAGGCUGAAGGAUCACUGCAUGGUUCUGGAGGGGCGGGCCGAGCGGUUCUGGCGCACACAUACUCUGAAGAGGGCUCUGAUUGGACUGCUAGAUCACGCGACCCAGGAGAGGAUGGCAGAUUGGGAUCGGGAGCAGCAGGCUCAGGAACACAGUACCAGGCGGGCGGUGCGAAGCUGUUUCCAAGCCUGGAGACGGUAUCCGGGGUGGCUGCGUGAGGAGAGAGAGAGGGAGACCAGGAGGGAGCAGCUGAGACGCCGAGUGGCAGAGGUCCUCCCUGACUUCCGCUCUUCUCCUCUGGACUGUACCUGGGAACAAGGCCCUCUGUGACCCACAGGACACACACGUACAGUAGACAUACACAUGUGUACAGUACACUCAGACAGACAGRCAGRCAGRCAGACAGACAGAGAAUACUUGCAUAGAGGAUAAAUCAGUGGAUAGGACCCAAAGCAGAUGAUCAAGUUGCUGCUGUAACAAUCACACACAUACCAGCUGUUGGUCUACCUUCAUUACCUGAGAAAGGUGGAGACAACUUUUAAUGAAGACAGUUUGGAAACGGUUGUAACAGCAAUGACUCAUUUAAAAUUGCAGUUAAAAUUCAGGUUAUUUAAUAUUUUUGAAGUCACAGUUUGAUGCAGUUUGACAGCAGCUUGAAGCCAUACAAAAUAAAAAGCAUUAUGUUAUUCAUAUCACCAUAAACGAGUCUCACUGUGGGUAGUCUGUCGAAGUUGUUCUCCCACAUCUCUGUGCUUUUGUUGUUUUAUUCUCUUAAGUCCUGUGUAGCUCAGUUGGUAGAGCAUGGUGCUUUCAGCUGAGCCAGAACAUGUAAAAGGACUUUGGGCCAGUAACUGAAAGGUUGCUGGUUUGAAUCCCUGUGCUGACUAGGUGAAAAACCAAUGUUCCCUUGAGCAAGGUACUUUAUCCUAAUUGCUUCUGUAAGCAAAUGACUAAAAAGUAAAUGUGAUGUUUAAUGCAACACUAAUGAUCCUGACCAGCCUCAGUCUACAGAGACGUAUCAACACUAAUGAUCCUGACCAGCCUCAGUCUACAGAGACGUAUCAACACUAUGAUCUUGACCAGCCUCAGUCUACAGAGACGUAUCAACACUAAUGAUCCUGACCAGCCUCAGUCUACAGAGACGUAUCAACACUAAUG